AUGUAUUCUAAAGUUUAUGAUGCUGCUAUGCUGUCAGUUUUACCAUCUAAUAAACAAGCUCAAAAUGGUGAUACUACAGUCACAACCAAUAAACUGAUGAGUCAAGGAUCUGGUAAGAAAACACAAGAUACAUUCGCUUUACCAGCUGUUGUACCAACUAAACGAGGUGGGAAAGCAGGAGCAACUAAGAUGGUAUACUAUCCUAAACCAAUACCACCACCAGAAGUAUUACCUAUAACCAGGACUAGCAAAGAUAAGGAAUUUCCAAGAUACUCCAAUGCUUUCUCUUUACCUGGUGCAGACAUCCGAAGACCUGCUUCUCGUAUUGUGGACCAGAGAAAUUUAAUAGAUGAGACUAAGUUAGUUCUUUAUCGUGAGAAACCUAAACCAAAACGUGAAGGACCUAGUACAACUGAAAGACGAUUCCGUAGAAUGUUAGAAAGGGAUAGAACAUUGAGUAGCACAUCAUCAGAGAAGAAAUUAAGGAAAUCGUUCGUCAUGGCUAAAAAUCUGGCUCGAGUAGGAGGUGUGAGUGGUUGGCAAAUGAUGAAACAGAAAAAUAAAGGGAAAGAAUUUACUGGUCUCAGAUGGGAGCGAGUCAAAACAAUAGUACAUAGUAAUUUAUUAUCUGAAAGAGAUGAAGAGAGAAUAGAUGCUGCUAAGCAACUCGGUUUAUUACGUUGUGGUGAUACUAUGGUAUUUUAUGCAUUAAGAGAGCGAAUAGAGAAAGAUGACAAUGAGCGUGUGAGAUAUGAGGCAGCUAAAUCACUCAUUCUAAUUGGAUGUUGGGAUAAUGAAGUAUUACAAGUAGUUUUAAAGUUUCUAGUAACGGGUAAUACUGAAAUACGUCUGGAUUUGAUAGUUAAUAUGCAACAAGGCAAAAAUGUUCAAUAUGUAGACAAGUCUGUUGCUGCAUUUAAAGAGUUGGUGAAAGUUCUGAGUCAUUUUUGCUGUAAUCCUGACCCUGAUGACCCUACAUCAAUGGAAGCUGCUGUAUUAUUAGGAAAGCUCUGUGUAGCUGAUUCUAAUGCAAAAGGCAAAUUAUCUAAUGCUCUUUCAACUAGUGAUGACUCUCAUAUUAAGGCUAAGGCCUUAGAGAUAUUAGUUAAACAGUUAAAUUGCACUGAUUCUAAAGUUGUCCAAAAUAUAAAGGAGUUAUUACAGACAUCACCUGUUUCAAAACAUAGAGCUUUGGCCACAAAACUACUAAUAUCUUUAGGAGGAAAUCAUCCAUGUGUUGCACAUGAUUAUGAAGAUAUCUAUAAUUUAUUGGAGAGAAAAUUGUGGGAUGAGCCAAGUCAUGAAGUAAGAGUAUCAGCUGGUAAAGCUUUAACAGCAUUAGGGAUGUUUUCGAGAGCAUGUGAAUCUGUUGAAAAAAGGUUAGAGAACAGAGAUGAAGAAAUCAGAGCUGAAGCUGUUGUUUCUGUUGGAACUCUUGGUAUGAGGAGUGAAAAGUUGACCAGACUUCUACUGGAAAUGUUAGAAUUAGAUACAAGUGAAUAUGUUAGAAUUAUGAUUAUUCGAGCUUUUUCAACUUUGAAAUUAACAGAUAAACGUGUUGUUAGAUGUUUGAGAGAAAGAGAGAGAUUAGAUGGAGUUUUAGGAUUGGAGUCAAGAAAAGCAAUGAAGGUAUUACAAUUGAACAUCAAUGAAUCCAGUCCAAAACUAGCAGACAAGAGUCACCAACCUCUUGCUCAACAAAUUGCUGUUAGAUAGAAGGAAAAAUGAGCCAAUCUGCAGCGCAACAAAUGAAGCAAAAUGCCUUACUUUUCAAACUACGAUCAAACUUUGGAAGCAUUCAAUGCUUCAUUUUAAAGGUGCAUCACCAAAGACAAAUCUUUUUUUUCAAUGAUGUAUUUUAACCAACCCAGACCCCUUCAAUGCCUCAUUUUAAAGGGGAAUCACCAAAGACAAAUCUUUUUUUUUCAAUGCCUCAUUUUAAAGGUUUUAAAGGGACAUCACCAAAGAAGAAUCUUUUUUUUUCAAUGAUGUAUUUAAAGCAACCCAUGCCCCUUUCAAUGCCUUAUUUUAAAGGGACAUUCCACUUUUUUUAUGCAGGAGACAUAUUUUUCUACAAUUAGGUGUUAAUUUUACUUAAAUCUGUACAGUAGUUUUCUAACAGCAUCCAAAAAACAUCAACUUUAUAAGUUUAAGUAAACUUACAUAAUGUUUUAAAAUAUUUUUGGUGUUUAAAAAUUAACAGCUGUAUUGUUUUAGUUUCAGAUACAUUAAGGGACAUAUGUCUCUAGAUUUUGGUGUAUAAUUUUCACUAUUUUGAACAAAAAGAAAUUCCGACGUACACAAAAGGCAGAAUGCCCCUUUAACUUAUGCUUUGAUUUAUGGAACCUUUUUCUAUCUCAACAAAUUUACCACAAUUAUAUUGUAUUUUUAUACAUAGUAUAUUUGCCUUAUAUAUGCCUUUGUGUUUACUCUUAAUCAUUGAAUUUGAAACUUGAAGAGUUUUAGUGGCAAGUGAAGGAUGACAUCUUAUAAUAACUGAAAAUUAACUUGAUAUGUAUACCUCUAUAUGGCAUGAAUUUUCUACAUUACUCUUUUUUUAAUAAUCUGUGAUAAUGAUAUUUUUUUUUCUGAAUUAUUUAAUUGUAUACAAACUAAAUGUGUUUUUUAUUGUCUUUGGUUGUAAAAAAAAUGAUAAAGAUGUUAUCAAUGAU